UUAUUUUUCAUAAAGAAAGCAAUGCAUAUAUUUGAACAGCCAAAGAGGUACUAUACACUGACUCCAGUACACUUGAGAAAAGCCAAACUGAUGUUCUUCUACACUCGUUACCCCAAUUCCACACUGAUUAAAAUGUACUUUCCGGAUGUUAAAUUCUACAAGAACAACACCGCCCAACUGGUCAAAUGGUUCAGCAAUUUUCGAGAGUUCUAUUAUAUACAAAUGGAAAAGUUCGCUCGGGUCGCUAUCUCAGAAGGAGUACGAUCAGCGGAAGAAAUUCACGUGACUACAGAUUCCGAACUGUACCGUGCAUUGAAUUUACACUACAAUCGAAAUCAACAAUUAGAAGUACCCGAACACUUUCGUAUUGUGGUUGAGGCCACACUGCGUGAAUUUUUCAAUGCCCUUAUGACAGGAAAAGAUGCCGAACAAUCAUGGAAAAAACCGAUCUACAAAAUCAUUGCCCGAAUGGAUCAACCUGUGCCAGAAUUUUUCAAAAACCCUAACUGGAUGGAACAACUAGCAGACGGAUGA